UCUAAAAGACUGUUACCAAGAAAGAAAUCCUUACAACCUGAAGAAGAGAAAAAAAGAGUGGAAGCUGCUCCUUAGUUCCUAGCAGAUCUGUUCUCUUCAUUAUCUUCUCCCUUUCUCAACUCGCAUUCCAUCGCCGAGUUAACUCGCUUCUUUCUGCGUAACGUUCAUUUAUCAUCCAUACCUAUACCUUCACUCUGCCUAUGCAUUUUCAGACAGGGUCCAGAUGUUCAUUGCUUUGCCUGCAUUGGAUGGACCGAUCUCGAAAAUGGUGAUUUUGUGGCGCUUUAGUCUCAUGUUCCGGUGACGCACUGAAUUUCCCGGUGAAUUCGCCGGUCGAGGAGUUCUGCCGGAGAAGAUGUUCAGGUCGGCUAGAUGGAGGAGCGAGAAGAACAAGAUCAAAGCUGUGUUCAAAUUGCAUUUCCAUGCAACUCAGGUUUCGCAGCUGAAUGUGGACGCGUUGGUGAUAUCUGUGGUACCUGGGGACGUCGGGAAGCCAACUGCGAGAUUAGAGAAAGGUAUAAUCCGAGAGGGAGGCUGUCGGUGGGAAUAUCCAGUCUAUGAAACAGUCAAAUUCACUGAAGACGCAAGAACAGGGAAGAUCAAUGAGAAGACAUAUCAUUUCAUUGUCUCAACUGGAUCCUCAAAAAAUAGUUUGGUUGGAGAGGUUUCAAUUGAUCUUGCUAAUUAUGCAGAGAAUACAAAAGUUUCCAAUGUUUCUCUUCCCCUGAAGAAUUCAAAAUCUAAUGGGGUUUUGCAUGUUUCAAUUCAAAGGCUGCAGGGAAAUAUCGAUCAAAGAGACGAGGAGGAAACUGAAGAUACAAACAUCAAAUCCCAGAAUAGAGCACUGAACACCCUCUUAAGCAAUAACGAAGCAAAAGGCAAUAAGAAUAAUUCUAAUGAAGUUGGACCACUUCAUGAAGCCAUCCACAAUGGUGACAGCAGAACGUCUAGUGGAUCUGACAUAACAAUGUCAAGUUCUGAGAGCAGCUCUGGGCUUAACACCCCGCGUGCACUGGGAUUGAGAAAUAAUGAAAUCCUACGUGACUCGACUAGCUUCCUAUCAUCUCAGAGCCCUGCCUCAGUUCCUCAUAAGCCAAUUGCAAAUGCCUCAGCAAAGAUCUAUGAAGAGCAUCAGCAAUCACAAUGGGAGUGGUCAGCUGAUUCUGAUCAUGGAAUAAGUACUGACGACUCAAUAGGCAGUUCUGUAGACAACUUUACCAGAGAACGGUCUGAACACACUUCAGAUAUUGAGAUUGAAAAGCUCAAGGAUGAAAUUGUUGCUUUCGCUAGACAAGUAGAAUUGUCAGAGUUGGAAUUGCAGACUCUUCGAAAGCAAAUUGUAAAAGAGAGCAAAAGGGGGCAGGAUCUCUCAAGAGAAGUUACAGGCUUGAAAGAGGAGAGAGAUUUUCUCAAGGCAGAAUGUGAGAAACUUAGAGCCUUUCAGAAAUGUAGAGAGGGGACAAGAGGCAUAAACAAGUUGCAGUUUGAGAGGGGAGAUGCACGGGUUCUUCUUGAAGAAAUCAGACAAGAACUGAAUUAUGAGAAGGACCUGAAUGCCAAUCUUCGAUUGCAGCUGCAGAAGACCCAGGAAUCAAAUGCUGAGCUCAUACUUGCUGUCAAAGACCUAGAAGAAAUGUUGGAGUUGGAGCAGAAAAAUAGGGAAACACCUGAUCCUUCAAAUAAAUCAAGAUCCUCUGAGAAUGCUGCGUCACGAAGUGAUACUGAUGAUGAUGAAGAGCAAAAGGCAUUGGAAAAACUUGUUAAGGAGCACAGAGAUGCUAAAGAAACAUGCCUGCUGGAGCAAAGAAUAAUUGAUCUGAGCAGUGAGAUGGAGAUGUGUAGGAGAGACAAAGAUGAGCUAGAGAUCCAAAUGGAGCAGCUUGCACUUGACUAUGAGAUUUUGAAGCAGGAGAAACAUGAAAUGUCAUACAAGUUAAAGCAAAGUGAGCUGCAAGACCAACUGAAGUUGCAGUAUGAAUGCUCUUCUUUCGCCAAUAUAAAUGAACUAGAAGACCAGGUUGAAAGCUUGGAAAAUGAACUCAAGAAGCAGUCCGAAGAAUACUCCGAGUCUAUGGUGACCAUAAAUGAACUGAAAACCUAUAUAAAGAUCUUGGAGGACGAAUUAGAGAAGCGAACCGAAGGUUUUGAAGCUGAUCUUGAAGCUAUAACUAAUGCAAAAGUUGAGCAGGAGCAAAGAGCCAUCAGGGCAGAAGAGGCCUUACGAAAGACAAGAUGGAAUAAUGCUAAUACAGCUGAGAGUCUACAGGAGGAAUUUAAAAAACUAUCCAUGCAAAUGGCAGCUACAUUUGAUGCAAAUGAGAAGGUGGCUGUAAAAUCGCUGGCAGAAGCUAAUAAUCUACGACUGCAGAAAAGUCAACUUGAGGAAAUGCUUCAGAAAGCUAAUGGGGAUCUCCAAUCAUUAAGGGAUGAUUAUGAGACAAAACUGCACUACCUUUGUAACCAGUUAAAUUUGAAAAAGGAUCAGAUAGAACAAAUGUUGGUGGAAAUUGAGGAUAAAAGAAAGCAGCUGGAGCAUCAAAAAUUCCAUGAGGAAGAACUUGUUGGAUCUUUCUCUCAGGAAAUCAUUUGGCUAAAAAAUGAGAUUGAGAAGUUCACAAUAGAAAACAAUAUCCUCUCUGAACAAGCAGAACAGAAAGAAAAUAUGAGAGUUGAAUUGGAACAAUUGAAGACAUCUAUUAAGCACACUGAAGAGUUGGUCCAAAAAGGAAAUAUGGAAAGGGAUGAACUGGUGAGCACCCUUGCUUUGAUGGAGGAGGAAGGGGAAAAGUUGAUGGAGGAGCUACAUAGAAUGAAGUCUCUCAAGGAUGAGAGGGAGAAAGCAGUGAAAAUCUUACAGGCGGAGGUGGAAUCACUGACAGCCCAGUGUAAUGACUUGAAAAGUUCUCUCUUUGAAGAUGAGUUGGAGAAAGAAAAACUUAGAAAGCAAGUAUUCCAGUUAAAGAGUGACAUUAAGAAGAAGGAUGAUGCCGUCACUAGUAUGGAGAAGAAGCUCAAGGAAAGCAACAAACGCACAGUGGUAUCUGAUAGCACAAGAAUGAAUCUCAGAAACAAUAAAUCAGUUCCAGUUUCUCAUGGCACUAAAGAGGCUGCAAAUCUGAGGGAGAAAAUAAAAUUGCUUGAGGGACAAGUAAAGCUGAAGGAAACUGCCCUAGAAACCUCAGCAAAUUCAUUUUUGGAGAAGGAAAGGGAUCUGCUAAAUAAAAUUGAAGAGUUAGAGCACAGAGUGGAAGAACUCAAUCAAAAAAGUGUAAUUUUGUCCGACAACCCAUGCCAAAAGUUACCUGAGGACACCAUUGGCAAUACUUCAAAUGGUGGUUUAGCUGAUGAUAUAAGAAGCACAAAUGAGAAUCUGAGCGAUACAGCAUGGAUGUCCAGAGAAAAUGGAAAUGCAAAAUCAUUGGUCAAGAGCAAUUCUGCCAUUAUAUCGGAGAAAGAAGUGAAAACCUGUGACAACAGCAAUGGAGAUUGCAAUACUAAUGAGUUACUGAGUGAAUUAGAAUCACUGAAGGAGAGAAACAAAUUAAUGGAAAAUGAACUGAAGGAGAUGCAAGAAAGAUAUUCCGACAUAAGUCUCAAGUUUGCAGAGGUAGAAGGCGAAAGACAACAGCUUAUGAUGACAUUACGACAUCUAAAGAAUUCCAAGAAACGGUAAUAAUUUUUCCUGAUAUACAGAAACCUAGAAUGUGUAUAGCUCAAGUGGCUGGGUUUGCCCAUACGGAAAAUCUAUCAGAGUGAAUAAUCAUUUUGUACAAAACUAAUGGCAAUCUAAAUGUAGGUAAAGUUUCUUCAUUUCUUGUUAUUUUUG